AGCAAUGGGAGGCCGUACAGGGGACCCAUACACACUCUGGACCUGGCAGCAGCAUUGAGGAGGCGGUACAGGGCCCAUGACAUAUUUACGGGGCCUGGCCGCAGCAUGAGGAGUCGGUACGGGGCGCCCAUGGCAUUACGGCCUGGCAGCAGCCAAUGGGAGGCCGUACAGGGACCCAUGACACACUCUGGACCUGGCAGCAGCAUGAGGAGGCGGUACAGGGGCCCAUGGCAGAUUACGGGCCUGGCAGCAGCAAUGGGAGGCCCGUAAUCUGCCAGCACCCUAUGACAAAAUGGAACCCACCAGCAGUGUGAGGAGACCUGAAAGUGGCACAU